UCCGGAUGUGAUGAAAAUGUUUCGGCUCAAAGUUUCUCCUGCAGCUGCAGCUCGAGCGCGCGCGCGGUAGUCUCACGCACAAACUCAUUAUUCAGCGUCUGCUUGACAGGGAUUUUCGCACUGUUUUUGGGAGCAAUCUGACAGUUUUAUUUUACAGAGUUUUGUUCCUAAACGGGCUAUUAAGGAAACUUUUUCUGACGGGACUUCGUUUUGUCUGAAGAAAGGAUGGGAAUAAAGGCGUUUGGGAGUUGAACAUGUUUGAAAGUUUGUUUUCUUACAGGUUUGAGGGCUGAUUGCUUUGGAGGAUUGUUGUUUUUGGGUGUGUUUAGUAUCUAAACAUCUGGCUCAUGUCCUCGGAGACUAUUUUACCUCCGGAGGGGCCUGAAGGGCCAAAGAAGCAGCUACAAGAGGAGACAAACCCACUUCUGUCCAAAACAACAGAUAAAUGCAACAGCUGCACUGAUGAAUCCUCAGAUGCUACAGAAACAUCCCAAACUCCGAUACCAGGAGAUGCCACUUCAGACGGGCAGGAUCACAUGACCGAGAACCACAUCCAUGAUGAUCUUGUUAGAACUCAACCUCAGCCUCUGCCCCAGCUAGCAACAUCCCAGCAGCAUGGCAUCGACGGAGAGGCUGGCAGGCAGCAGAACGGCCUGCACACUGUGCUAAGUAACGGCCACGGCACGCCCCGCAGGGUCACACAGCCACCCUCCACCAGCCCCACCUCCGAGUCCAGGAAGCACCCGUCGCCCGUCUCACACCGUGUGCAGAGAAAGCUUCGCUCUAGCCUGUCGGUCAACAGCGACAGCAGCAGAAGGAGCAAAAGCAGCUCGACGGGUUCCCAUAAACCCGGCUCAACUCCAGAGGACUGCUGUGUCCACUGCAUCCUGGCCUGCCUGUUUUGUGAAUUUCUCACUCUGUGCAAUAUGGUGGUGGCUCAGGCAUCGUGCGGCACCUGCACAUCAGAAGCCUGUUGCUGCUGCUGCUGCGCAGAUGACCUGGGAGACGACUGCAACUGCCCCUGUGACAUGGACUGUGGCAUUAUGGAUGCGUGCUGUGAGUCCUCGGACUGCCUGGAGAUCUGCAUGGAGUGCUGCGGAAUCUGUUUCCCAACAUAAAAGCCCUGAUGCAUGCAGGCCACAGCCAGGACAGAUGUUGAACGAGAGCGUGUGUGUCUGUGUAUGUGUGAAUGAGAGCUAGGGAGUGUUUUUUUCACACUUGUGAAAAAUCUGUUCCUAAGCUCAAGAUGACCAUAAAGUUCAUAAGAAAGAAGGACUAAAAUACAUUACUUCACAUAUCCUCGUAAACUAAAAGUGCAUAAAGGCAUAGAUAUUCAGCGCUUUAUAUUCAAUGCUUUAACGUAUCAGAGCUUGUUCUAUUUACUGUUUUUACAUCUCUUUGCAGAGGUUUUUAACAUAUUUCUUU